CAUUCUAUUUGACAAUUACAAUCACUUAUGAACCUACAAGUGGAACCACCAGAGAUGAAGAUUAAUAACUCGUCGCCACCGUCGUUUUCUCUACUUCCGGACGAAAUCGUCGUUAACUGUUUAGCCCGGAUCUCGCGGUCGUACUACCCGACGCUCUCAGGCGUUUCAAAAAGCUUCCGCUCGAUUCUCUCUUCCACCGAGCUCUACGCAGCCAGAUCUCAUCUCGGAAACACCGAGCAGUGUCUCUAUGUCGGUCUACGGGAUCUCGAAAGUUCUCAAUGGUUUACACUCUCGGUUAACCCUAAUGGAACCUUGCCAGACUCCAUUGUUAAGACGAGGAGAAAGAAGAAGAAGAAGAAGACAACUGAACAGUUGUUGGUUCCGAUUACCUCUUCUAAUCUUCCUUCUCGGUCAGGUUCCACCGUCGUCGGCUCAGAGCUUUAUAUCAUCGGCGGACUAGUGGAUAAAGGACCGUCCUCUGCUGUGAGGGUCCUCAACUGUGGUAGUCACACUUGGCGCGAUGCACCUAGCAUGAAUGUAGCCCGGAGAAAUGCAUCCACUUAUGUCUACAAUGGGAAAAUCUAUGUAAUGGGAGGGUGCCAAGGACUAGAGGACGAAUCAUGGGCUGAGGUGUUCGAUACAAAGACUCAAGUUUGGGAACGCCUCCCUGAUCCGGGUUCUGAGAUUCGCAAGUGUUUCAUUUACAAAAUUGCAGAGAUCCAAGGAAAAAUUAACUUUGGCAAUUACGAGGAGAUGUAUGCUUAUGACACGAAGCUAUGCAAAUGGGAAAGCUGUGUACGUGACAAAUUUGCAACUGUUUUGAGGUUAGAUUGUAUAAUUGAGAAUGUAUCCUACUCCUUUGGAUCCAAUUAUCGAUUUGGAUUCGGUGAUUUUUUUCUUCACCGCGCGUUCCAGUGGUUUGAUGAAAAAGAGGGUUCUUGGAGAAAGAUGAAAGGGUUAAAAUCACUAGUAAGGAAGUACUUGACGAAUGGUGGCUCAAGUGGUAAUACGUUUAAACUAGUUAGCUGUGGUGGGAAACUCAUAUUUUUAUGGGAAGGUUAUAUGGAGUUUAAUCUUAAUAAUAGGAAGAUUUGGGGGGCGGUAAUCGUGGUAGAAAAGCGUGAUGGAGGUGACGUUUGGGGAAAUGUUGAGUGGGUUGAUGUUGUGCACACCGUCCCUAUAUCAUGUUAUCUCUCUGAGUGUCUCGUUGUUUCGGUUUGAUUGAUUUUGCAUCCAAGUUUGGAAAGAGGAGAUGGAAGAGGCAAAAGGAGAGCAUUGAGCAACAAAGAGUGAAGUAGAACCAUCUUCAUCAAUAUAAAUCAGGAGUAGUGACUGUCUAUCACAUUGUAAGUGAUGUUGAUGUGUCUAUCACAUUGUAAGUAAUACUGAGUUCUUUGUUUUGAGGGAAAUAAAAAGCAUUAUGUCAGUUUGUAAUCUCCACUGUUUGAAAGUGGAAACAAUGUUCGUAUGAAAUUUCUACAUAAAUCUCUGUUUUUUUU